GUUUCCCUGACAAGAGAAAUGAUUCAAAUACCUCCAUUCGAAAAGCUUCCUUUGCAAAAAGAUGGCCCACCCGGGAACGCGUGGGGCCUAUUUGGUGACAAUGAUCAAUGUGGGAUGUUGAAUAGGCUUACACCAGAAGUGAUCAGUGCUGCCUCUCAGGAAAUUAGAGAUGGCGUUCGAAUCUCAACCGACCUACCCCUGGAUUUUAUGUCAAAGCCGUGCUUUGGGCGGGCAGCAUUUGAACAGACCAUUAGAAACAAGGCACCGAGAUCCGUCAAUGAUGACACUCUCCACUUCAACACCCAGAUCAGCUCCCAAUGGGAUGGAUUCAGGCAUUACGGAUAUCAAGCCAGCAAAAAGUACUACAACGGACAUACAUUGAACGAUUUUCUGACCACGAAUAUCAAUGGUAUACAUGCUUGGGUUGAGAAUGGUGGCGUAGUGGGAAGAGGAGUCUUAUUAGACUAUUCUAGUUGGGCAGAGGCCAAAAAUAUCAAAAUUGAUCAUUUUUCGACUCAUGAAAUCUCGGCAACUACGUUACAAGAGAUCGCAGCCAGCCAAGAAACUGAGCUGAAAGAGGACGAUAUCCUCUUCAUUCGAUCAGGUUGGGUUCAAGCCUUUACGAAAUUGUCCCAAGAGCAAGCUACGGCUUUGGCAGACCUCCAGUCACCACCAGCAAUUGGAAUCGAAUCGUCGGAUCAGACCUUACGAUGGCUUUGGGAUACUGGAUUUGCAGCCAUCGCUGGUGAUAUGCCUAGCAUGGAAGCCUGGCCUUGCAAAAACACGCAGUUCUGGCUACACGAGUGGCUACUUGCUGGCUGGGGAAUGCCGAUUGGAGAAUUGUUUGACUUGGAGCGCUUAAGCGAGGAGUGUCAACGCAGAGGGAGAUAUUCUUUCUUUUUCAGCAGUAUGCCGUUAAAGGUUCCUGGUGGUGUUGCUAGCCCUCCGAAUGGAGUAGCCAUUCUGUAA